AUGAAAUCAAAAUAUAUUACUAGUAUUUUAUUGAGAGCUGCAGAGUGCAGGCAGUGUAAUAAGCAAUAAGUAGAAAUAGAAAUGAAGUAUUAUUGUAAAAGUAGAAAACAGAGAAAUGAUUUUCCCUUUAAGUAGUGGAGAGUUGAGAGUAGUGAAGAGUAAAGUGCAGUGACGGAUGGGACAUCAUCUCUCUCCAUAAUCCCAUCGGAAACACACCAAGAUGGGUUGCGCCGCCUCCAAGCUCGACAACGAGGACACCGUGCGCCGCUGCAAGGACCGCCGCCGCCUCAUGAAGGAGGCCGUCUACGCCCGCCACCACCUCGCCGCCGCCCACGCCGACUACUGCCGCUCCCUCCGGAUCACCGGCUCCGCCCUCGUCACCUUCGCCUCCGGCGAGCCCCUCGCCGUCUCCCAGCACGCCCCCGCCGUCCUCCUCCGCACCCCCUCUUCCGCCAAACCUAAACCCCGGCCUCCCCCCUCCCCUUCCCCCUCCCUCCGCCCCCCUCCGCCCCCGCCCCCGCCCUUCGAGCAGCAGCCGAUGCGGCGGAAGAAGCCCCUGAAAGUCCCCCACAUCCUCUCCGACUCGAGCUUCACUUCCUCGCCGCCGCACAACGCCAGAGCUCAUUCCACCUACUCCACCACCCCCUCCCAAACCUCCUCCGUCUGGAAUUGGGACAAUUUCUACCCCCCUCCCUCCCCGCCCUCCUCCGAGCACUUCGACCAGCUCCGCGGCGCCAAGCACUCCGCCGCCGCCGCCGACAGCAAUUCCGACGACGAUCGCUACACCGACAACGACAGCUUCACAUCCGAUCACUACCAGAACCCCUUCACCGCCGAUCAGCCCAAGCACUUCGACGACAGGGCGUCCAACCACUCCUCUUUUUCCCGCUACUCCAACAACAGCCACUCGAGGCCGCCAUUGCCCAAGAAAGGGCCGAGCUUGAAACGGUGGGAGAGCGAGGAGGAAACAGAGAGGGAGGAGGUGCAGUGCAGUGAAUGGGGAGAUCACGAUCACGACCAUUACAGUAGCACCACCACUUCAUCUGAUGACGAUGAUGAUGAUGAGAGGGGGGAUUUGAAGUCAAGAUCUGAUUUUGGGACGAGGUCGAAUGUGGGCUCGGUCAAAAAUGAGUCUUCCGCGGCUAACAUCGGUGGCGGCAAUGUGAAUGUCGAUUCCAAGUUCUCCAAGUUGUCGGAGGAGGACGACGGUAAGUCGUCGGUGAGUUGGGGGGAUGGGAAUCAUAAAGAAGGCAACUUGGACAGGAGGAUUGUGGUGAGGCACAAAGAUUUGGCCGAGAUCGUGGCGGUGAUUAGGGAGUAUUUCGACAAGGCCGCCGCCGCCGGGGAUCAGGUCUCCGAGAUGCUGGAAACCGGCAGGGCUCAGCUCGAUCGGAGCUUCAAGCAACUGAAGAAGACAGUGUAUCAUUCUAGUGGAAUGCUAAGUAACUUGAGCUCUAGCUGGACAUCUAAGCCUCCUUUGGCUGUUAAAUACCGGUUCGAUCCGAGUUCGAUCGAGCAGUCUGGUGAUUCCAAGAGUCUUUGCUCCACACUGGAACGGCUCUUGGCGUGGGAGAAGAAACUCUAUCAAGAAGUGAAGGCGAGAGAAGGGGUAAAAAUUGAGCACGAGAAGAAAUUGUCUACACUUCAAAGCCAGGAAUACCGGAGUGAAGAGGAAUCCAAAUUGGACAAGACAAAGACAUCAAUAAAUAGGCUUCAGUCUCUAAUUGUGGUGACAUCUCAGGCGGUGUCAACAACUUCGUCUGCUAUUAUUGGUCUACGAGACUCCGACCUUGUCCCACAGCUCGUGGAACUUUGUCACGGGUUCAUGUACAUGUGGAAGUCGAUGAAUCAGUUCCACGAGGUCCAGAACGACAUAGUGCAGCAAGUCCGCGGCCUUGUGAAUCAAACAAACAAAGGUGAGUCAACGUCCGAUCUGCACAGGCAGGCAACACGCGAUCUUGAGUCGGCUGUAUCCGCAUGGCACUCAAGUUUCUGUCGUCUGGUGAAGUUUCAGAGGGAUUUCGUCUGCUCCCUCCACGGUUGGUUCAAACUCACCCUCCUCCCCGUGCACACGGAAACCAGCAACGGAGCCAGAGAGCUAUCUCAAGUCUUCGCCUUCUGUGACGAGUGGAAACUGGCGCUCGACCGCGUCCCGGACACUGUUGCAUCUGAGGCCAUCAAGAGCUUCAUCAACGUCGUCCACUCCAUAACCUCGAAGCAAGCGGAGGAGCUGAAGAUCAAGAAACGGACCGAAUCCGCAUCCAAGGAGCUCGAGAAGAAAGCAUCCUCUCUCCGGAGCAUCGAGAGGAAGUACUACCACUCCUACUCCAUGGUCGGGAUAGGGCUCCCCGACGACAACGGGCACGCCCUCGACGCGAGGGACCCACUGUCGGAGAAGAAACUGGAGCUGGCGGCCUGCCAGCGACGCGUGGAGGACGAGAUGGUGAAGCAUUCCAAUGCCGUGGAGGUGACGAGGGCGAUGACGCUGAACAACAUCCAAACGGGGCUGCCGGGAGUCUUCCAAGCCAUGACCAGUUUCUCUGCUUUGAUGACUGAAGCUCUUGAAACUGUGUGCACAAGAUCUUACUCCAUUUAGAUAUAAAAAAAGGAAACCCUACAUUAUUAAUUGGUUUUUCUUGCUCAUCUUUUUGGGUUUUGAGGCAAGUUUUUAGAAAUACAAAGGCUGCAGGCAAAAUUUAUUA